GGAGGAGGGGAGAGAGAGAAGGGGAGGAGGCCGCGGAGGGGCAGGGCGGGGACUGCCUGCCUGCCUGGGUUGCGGAAGUGGUAGCCGCUGACCGAGCUUGCUGCUCUCUCGCUACUGCUUCGGCUUCCCGGCUCCCCCCCGGACGGAGAGGGCGGCCCGGCCGUGAAUGGUCAGAUAGCUCCUACCUCCCGCCGCCCAUCCCUGGCCACAACCGGCACGGAGCAGACGGCGGCAGCGGCAGCAGCAAGCGUGGAGGAAGAUGGCGGGACGGCUGCCGGCCUGUGUGGUGGACUGUGGCACCGGGUAUACAAAACUAGGAUAUGCUGGAAAUACAGAACCACAGUUUAUCAUCCCUUCUUUACGAACAAAAUUAAAUGUGUGAAGUAUGAAAAAUACACCGUCAAAAUUGUAUCUAAAAGGAGAGCUGUUGGCUGGUGUGUGUGCUGCUGGCGGACCAGUGAAGCCAGUGAUCCUAGCACGUGAUCCAGGACCGGCUCGGUUGGCUCCAUCUGUCGGUCCACAGGUGCCAUCAUGGCGGACAUGGCCAGUCCAGUGCUCCUGGUCUCACCAUCCUGUCCCAGCUGCUCAUGUACGAUGGGAUAUGAGGUGCUCAUCCCAGUGGGACAUGAGCCUCUUCCUCCAACAAUAGGAUGAAAUAUAUUUGGACGGCAAGUAUUGCUAUUAAGGAGUCAGCAAAAGUGGGUGAUCAAGCUCAAAGGAGGGUGAUGAAAGGUGUUGAUGACCUAGACUUCUUCAUUGGUGAUGAAGCAAUAGAAAAACCUACAUAUGCAACGAAGUGGCCAAUCCGCCAUGGUAUAGUUGAAGAUUGGGACUUGAUGGAAAGGUUUAUGGAACAAGUGAUCUUUAAAUAUUUAAGGGCAGAACCUGAAGACCAUUAUUUUCUUUUGACUGAACCUCCACUGAAUACUCCAGAAAACAGGGAAUAUACUGCUGAAAUAAUGUUUGAGUCCUUCAAUGUUCCAGGCUUGUACAUUGCUGUACAGGCUGUUCUUGCCUUAGCUGCAUCCUGGACCUCAAGACAAGUAGGAGAACGGACGUUGACUGGUACGGUAAUAGACAGUGGAGACGGUGUCACUCAUGUUAUCCCUGUGGCUGAAGGGUAUGUGAUUGGCAGCUGUAUCAAGCACAUUCCAAUCGCAGGACGAGAUAUAACAUAUUUUAUUCAGCAAUUACUGAGAGACCGAGAAGUAGGAAUUCCUCCAGAGCAAUCCUUGGAAACUGCUAAGGCAGUAAAGGAGCGCUAUAGUUAUGUCUGCCCAGAUUUAGUAAAAGAAUUUAACAAGUAUGAUACAGAUGGAUCAAAGUGGAUUAAACAGUAUACUGGAAUCAAUGCUAUUUCGAAGAAAGAAUUUUCUAUUGAUGUUGGAUAUGAGAGAUUCUUGGGACCUGAAAUUUUUUUUCAUCCAGAGUUUGCUAAUCCAGACUUUACUCAACCUAUCUCAGAAGUUGUAGAUGAAGUAAUUCAAAAUUGUCCUAUUGAUGUCAGGCGUCCUCUCUACAAGAAUAUUGUCCUCUCUGGAGGUUCAACCAUGUUCAGGGACUUCGGACGUCGCUUGCAAAGAGAUUUGAAAAGAACUGUAGAUGCCAGGCUGAAAUUAAGUGAGGAAUUGAGUGGUGGUAGAUUGAAGCCAAAACCUAUUGAUGUACAAGUCAUCACACACCACAUGCAGCGAUAUGCUGUUUGGUUUGGAGGAUCCAUGCUGGCUUCCACGCCUGAGUUCUACCAAGUAUGCCACACCAAAAAGGAUUAUGAAGAAAUUGGACCUAGCAUUUGUCGUCACAAUCCAGUGUUUGGAGUCAUGUCGUAAAAUUGGCUUCAUGGUUUUUGGGGUUAGGGAGGUGGGGAAGAAAUAAUCUUUCUGAUUACCUGUUUUGUCUGGAUGGCUGGUUUUGAGGUUUUAAACCUGACUUGAAAUAAUAAGACCAAACAUAAUUAUACAGGAAUAUUUUAAUAAGUAUAUCAACAUGUGAAUGUAGAAGAGAGCCAAAAUGGUUAAGUGUUUUUCUUUAGACUGAAUGUUUGAAUCUUAUGUGUAACAAAAAGAAGUGGGUUUUAGUUCUUUCUGUGCCCUGGUAUUUUGUACAUUAUUGAAUUAUCCAAGAUUUGAUGGGAUUUAUCGGUAUGUAGAUAGCUCUAUAAUGCUUGAAUUGUACACUUGGAAGUGUGCAGUGCAAGAGCUUGUUUAUAUUUCAUACUUUUUAUACUUUGAGGAAAAAAAGUCAAAGAAAAACUAGUAUUUGAGGGAAAGAAGAAUGUGACCAUGUAAAGGAUAAAUUCAAAAAAUAGCCAAUGAGACUUGGCGUACACACACACUCAUGGGAUUCCAGUUAUUGCGAAGUGCUUCCAUCCUCCUGUGCCCCCCAAUGGUUUUCUGUGCAAGUGCUUUUGGAACUAAGAAGCUAGUGUCUUGGAUUAACUGAUGCCUGCUAGUGCUUUCUGAUUAUUCGCAUUCUGUUUCUCGCUUUAAAGGAAAAGACAAGACAAGACAAGACUGUUGGACCAGUAUUGCAGUUCUGUAGUGUCAUUUCUUAUUAAAAAAUAAUUUGAUUACCAAAAUUGGUAUAUUUAAAGCCUAACACCAUUCUAAUAAAGGCACAAAUUUCUUUUUAAUACUUGUUUCAACUCUUUAAUCUCUUUAUAAGUUAACUAAUAAAUCUAUUUUCUUCAAACCUCUGCAAUAGUUCUUUAAAAUCACAACAGUUGGUUAGAGGGCUGACUUUUUUAUGUGCUCUAAACAAAUAAUUGUGAACUUUUACUAUGUUGAGUGCUUUCAUUUUGAUAACUGGAUCUCCAUUUGAUAUUUUCAUUUGUAUAACUCAUUUGCAGUCUGAAAAUUUUUUUAGUGCCAGUCCCUGACAUAUCAUGGAAAGUUAAUUUUCAUUGCAUUUUAAAAUAUCUGGAUCAUGAAGAAAAAGUGAUGAAAAUAAAUUAAAACUGAAUUACCUUU